UGUUUUUAAAUUAUCAAUUAAUUCAGCUGGAGCUUUAAGCUCUAGACGAGUUCAGUAACAGUUACCUCUCUGCUACAAGUAUCGAACGAUGGUGCGUUUUGGCGGGCAGAAGGUGGGCCAGGUUGUGGCGGGAAUUGGCGGGAAUAGUGUGGGCCAGCUUCUGGCGGCCGUUGCAGUCACUCUGUUGCUCCGCGUGUUUUCCGGACCCGGCCCGGCUUUGCUUCCGGAUAACGAGUCUGUCGUUAGUGACGAUGAUGAGCAAAACGACGUCGCGGAAGAUAGCGAUAGCGGCGAAGCUCAGGCUGACGGUGAAGUUGUCCCUGUCACCAUCCGUUGGCGCAACAUCACGUGCUCUCUCUCUGAUAAAUCGUCAAAAUCUGUGCGGUUUCUGCUUAAAGAUGUAUCUGGAGAGGCAAAACCUGGAAGAUUAUUGGCAAUAAUGGGACCGUCAGGGUCGGGAAAAACAACAUUGUUGAAUGUUCUGGCGGGUCAGAUAAUGUCAUCUCCCCGUCUACAUUUAUCCGGUCUUUUGGAGGUCAAUGGAAGGCCUAGUUCGAACAAAGCUUAUAAGUUUGCCUUUGUGCGACAGGAAGACCUUUUUUUCUCGCAGUUGACUGUGCGAGAAACACUCUCUCUUGCUGCUGAACUUCAGUUUCCAGAGAUAUCUUCUGUGGAAGAGAGAGAUGAAUAUGUGAACGGUCUCUUAUUUAAGCUAGGCUUGGUCAGCUGUGCUGAUUCCAAUGUUGGUGAUGCAAAAGUGCGUGGAAUCAGUGGGGGUGAGAAAAAACGUCUGUCUCUUGCAUGUGAACUGAUUGCAAGCCCAUCUGUCAUAUUUGCUGAUGAACCCACUACUGGGCUUGACGCUUUCCAGGCAGAGAAAGUAAUGGAAACUCUACGACAGCUUGCACAAGAUGGGCAUACUGUAAUCUGCUCCAUACACCAGCCUAGAGGUUCUGUGUAUAGUAAAUUUGACGACAUUGUGUUGCUGACAGAGGGUGCACUUGUUUAUGCUGGUCCCGCUCAUAAUGAACCGUUGGCAUACUUCUCAAAAUUUGGGUAUCGUUGCCCAGAUCAUGUGAAUCCUGCUGAAUUUCUGGCUGAUCUCAUAUCCAUUGACUACAGUUCUUCUGAAAGUGUCUACACUUCUCAGAAAAGGAUAGAUGCUCUGGUUGAGGCAUUCUCACAACAGUCGUUGACAAUUCUUUAUGCCACUCCACUUAAUAGAAGAGAAGACUCCAAAAACUUUAAGAAAUUAAGGAAGAAAACUACAGUUAAGAAAGGGGGUUGGUGGAGGCAAUUCUGGUUGCUCCUUAGACGUGCAUGGAUGCAGGCCUCUAGGGAUGGACCGACAAACAAAGUUCGAGCAAGAAUGUCAGUUGCUUCAGCUAUAAUAUUUGGGUCAGUUUUCUGGAAAAUGGGAAGAUCUCAGACAUCGAUUCAAGACAGGAUGGGAUUGCUUCAGGUUGCUGCUAUAAACACAGCAAUGGCUGCUUUAACAAAGACUGUGGGCGUGUUUCCUAAAGAACGUGCAAUCGUGGACAGAGAGCGUGCAAAGGGGUCUUAUGGUCUAGGGCCCUAUCUGCUUUCUAAAUUAAUUGCUGAGAUUCCUGUUGGGGCAGCAUUUCCUCUAAUGUUUGGAGCCGUGCUGUACCCCAUGGCUCGUCUUCAUCCUAGUUUGUCCAGGUUUGGAAGGUUCUGUGGUAUUGUGACUGUGGAAUCUUUUGCUGCAUCUGCAAUGGGCCUAACUGUGGGGGCUAUGGUUCCAACCACAGAAGCUGCAAUGGCUGUGGGGCCCUCGCUUAUGACAGUUUUUAUUGUAUUUGGAGGAUAUUAUGUCAAUGCAGAGAAUACACCGAUUAUCUUCCGUUGGAUUCCCCGUGUUUCUUUGAUAAGAUGGGCCUUUCAAGGGCUUUGCAUCAAUGAAUUUAGUGGUCUUCAAUUUGAUCAUCAGAAUUCAUUCGACAUUCAAACAGGAGAACAGGCGCUUGAACGGCUCUCAUUUGGAGGAAGUCGCAUUCGGGAUACAGUGAUGGCUCAAAGUAGAAUCUUAUUAUUUUGGUAUUGCACCACUUAUCUUCUCCUAGAGAAAAACAAGCCCAAGUACCAGCAGCUUGAGCCACCGCCUCUUGAAGAAAAGGAGCCAAAGCUGCAACUUGAACCUUUAGAAACCGACUCGACUCCUCCAUUGGAGCAAGUCAAAUCAAACCAGCAGCUUGAUCCAACUCCACCUCCACCGCCACUUGAUCAAGUAAUUCCAUUUAUCCUAGAAGGUGCUAAGUAAAGGAGAUGUCUUGCCAUAAAAGGAGGGCCUCUUGCCUAAAUUGAGCCACAUUGAGCUGGUUCUAUAAAACAUAAAUAAGAAAAAUGAGCAUGGUGAUUACUGUAUAAAACAAAGAAAAAUGUCAGAUUGGAAUCUGUGGAAUCUCAUGAAGAAUGCUUCUCUCUAUGCCCACCUAAA